AUGGGUAACCUGUUGCAGAGGCACCGCCCCCUCCGCAGCUUGACCGUUGCUUUUGCUCUGUGGAAGCUCCUGCUGCUGCUCGUCCUCGCUGCCUGUCCAGGGCCUGGAUAUGACACCUCGACGACCCUGCUGGCGGGAAUCGGCUCCCUCCGGAACCUGGUGCGUUGGGACCCGGUCUAUUUUGUUCACAUUGCCGAGCAGGGGUACGUUUUCGAGCAGGAAUGGGCGUUUGGGUAUCCCCGCCUCCAGUCCGAUUCCCCCUCCGAAAUUGCCCUCGUGGGCGUCGCUCUCUCGCAUCUCUCUCACUACCUCUCUGUCCUGGUCCUGUACGGCCUGUCGGUCACCGUGCUAGGCCGUGACACGCCUGCAAAAGAGCGCGUCUGCCUGCUGGCAGCCGCCCUGCAUAUCAUCACCCCCGCCGGUGCCUUUCUCUCCGCUCCCUACGGCGAGCCCCUUUUUGCCCUGCUCAACUUCGCCGGAUACUACGUCUACUCCUCCUCGACGGGUCCCCGCCGAGUCGGACGUCUGUUGGGCGCCGCAGCCCUGUUCGCCGUGGCGACCACCGUCCGCAGCAAUGGUAUCCUCAGUGGCUUCCUGUUCGCCUCGGACGCCGUGCGCGAGUUGCACGCGCUCGUCGUUCAUGGCUGCUCCGUCGCGGCGCUGGCCCGGCUGCUGCUCAUCGUGAUCGGAGGGUGUCUUGUCGCCCUGGGCUUUGUCGGUCCCCAGCUGCUCGCCUACCGCGACUAUUGUCUCACCGACACACCCCGUCCGUGGUGCCAACAAGCCCUUCCGAGCAUCUACGCCUGGGUUCAAGAAGAGUAUUGGAACGUCGGCUUCCUCCGGUACUGGACCGUUUCCAACAUUCCUCUGUUUCUGCUCGCGACCCCCAUGCUGGUCAUCCUCGCCCUGUCGGCCCGGUGGGGAGUGUCGACUUCCUCUCCCAUCUCUCGCCGCCAGCCUUGGCUACUUGCCCAGCUGGCUAUCCCGCAGGGCCUGCUGGCCCUGCUGGCCCUGACAAGCUACCACGUCCAGACCAUCAACCGUAUUUCGUCCGGGUACCCCGUCUGGUACUGGUAUCUCGCCCACCAGGCAGUCCACGGCCGUCGCGGGGCCACGCCGACCAUCCGACUGAUAACCGUCUACGCGCUGGUCCAGGCCGGGCUGUACGGCUCUUUUCUCCCGCCAGCUUGA